GUCACCCCCACUGCCAAUAAAACGGUCGCCCGAUGUGUGAUAUCGUUUCAAUUUAUAAAUCUCCGUACGUGGGUUUUUUCUAUUUUAUUUAAAAACCUACGCUUAAACGGGUCGAAUAGAGUGUAGUUAUCGUACAAAACGUUUUCGCGAAAAUGUCUUCGAUAGAAUCAAACGACAAGAAGAGCAGAGAAGGGCCAAAUAACGAUUCUAAAACGGAAAGGAAUCGAGUGGAAAAUAUCGAUUUUAAGGCGAGCGCCAAAGAAGAGAUUAUAGUUCGAAGCGUCAUUCCGAAAAGACGUCAAGAUUUAUUGAAAUGGAACGGAUGGGGCUAUAAGGACUCUAAAUUUGUCGUUAAAGAUGAUGUUUUACAUUUUACUGGCGAUCGGUUAGUAUUCAAACAAAUAAAAUUCAUUAAUUAUUUGCAUUUACAUGGUUCCAUUAAAAUAACUUUGUUUACAUAA